AUGACUGAUAUUUUGCCGUCUCCACAUUCGGCUCAAACGCCUCUUCAAGUUUUAAAUUCAUCUAUCAUCGAUAAAUCAAGCCCCUCCCAAAUAACUAAAAAAGAUGAUUCAUCUAUUCUUCAUACACCAAAGUACGAAUCUUUUGUAAUGACUGGUGAUAAAAUUUUAAAAUUAAAUUCUAACAGAACACCGGCAUUUUCAAAAUCUGGUAUUAGUCGUAUACCAAGAAAAGAUAAACAGCAAGGUCUUCCUGGAAGACAAAUAUCUGCACCAGUAUUUUCAAAAACUAAUGAUAAAGAACAAGAAAAUAAUUAUCUAAAUAAUAGUGAUGUAGGCACCUAUAUGUCAACAGUUAAUGAUAAAAUAUUGGAAGAUAGUAAUCAAGAAAAUUUAGUACACGAUAAUAUGAAACAUGAUAAAGUUACAAAUAAUACAUUAAAUAAAGAUGAACAAAUUAUUGUAUCUAUGGAUAAAAAAAUAAAUGAAGAAGAUAUUUCAAUAAGUGAAUGUAUAACAGCACCAGUUAUAUCAACAAUAGUAGACAAUUCUACAAAUAAUAGAGGUCCAUUCGAUGAAAAGACAAAGUACCCGAGUUUCAUUAUUCCACGAAGUGAUUUGAUUGACUAUGACUCUCCAUCACAUGAUAAUAAUUCAACUGAUGUGCGAUCACAUUCUUCUUAUACAUUUAAUAGAACAGACAGUCAAAAAUUAGGAUCAACUCAAUCUGAACCAUUUUCAACAAUGACUGUUGGUGAUAUAAUUAAUGAAAAAGAUUAUGAUAGAGGACAAAUAAGAGAAAAAGCAUUAAAUCUAUAUAAUUUAAAUGGUUAUAAUGGUAAAGAAGUUAUGAAUGAAAUUCUUAAAUUAGAUAAUCAACAUGCAAAAACAACUCAUGAAUUUUUAAAUUUAUUUUAUUUAACUGGUGUACGUAUUGAUGCUGCUUUAAGGGAAUUUUUAAAACAUGUUACAUUACAUGGUGAACCAACAGCGGUUUCGGAUGUUAUUAUGUUAUUUGCAUCAAGAUAUUUUAUAACUAAUCCAACAUUAUAUAAAAAUGUUGAUGAUGUUCAUUAUUUAAUUUGCGCAUUACUACUUUUAAACACGGAUCUACAUAAUCCAAAUAUAACCAAUAAGAUGAGUUGUAGAGAAUUUAUUAAUAAUGUUACACAUCAGAAAAAUGAUUAUGAUAGAAAUUUAUUAAAAGUAUUAUAUAGUUCAAUUAGUAAAGAACCACUAAGUAAUAAUACAUCUCUAGAAAAUGUUAAAAAAGUUAAUGAUGAUAAAUUAUUAAAAAGACAAAGUUCAUUUAGAAAAAGUUUAUUACGUAAAAAGUCAGAAAGAAUAGCAUUAAUUAUGCCACAAAAAGAACAAGUUGAUUAUAAACAUGGAUUUAUUUAUAGAAAAUGUCUUUUUGAUUCAGAAGAAAAAAAGACACCAUUUGGAAGAAGAAAAUGGGAAUUACUUUAUGGUACUGUUAAAGGAUUAACAUUAUAUUUACAUAAAGAUGAAGAUGGUUUUAAAAAAAAUAAUUGUGAAGUAUUUAAAAAUUGUAUUCUUUUACAUCAUUCAAUUGCUGAGGUAGCAAAUGAUUAUAAAAAGAAGAAUAAUGUAUUUAGAAUAAAAACAGCUCGUGGUGGUGAAUAUCUUUUACAAACAACAUCAGUUGAUGAAAUGUCUAGUUGGAUUAAUGCAAUUAAUUAUGUUGCUGCUGCUUUUUCUGCUCCAACAAUGCCUGCACCUGUCUCAUCAUUAUCAGCACCAUUUCAAAAACCUAAAAUGCCUGAUAUUGUAACAACAUAUAGUAUACCUGAACAAUUAAAAUUACAUAAAGAAAAAGUAAGAGAAAUGAGUGAUUGUGUAAGUAGGAUAAGACAAGAUGCACCAUCUACAAGAGCUAAAAAAAGUGAUGUAAUAAAAUAUUUUUAUAAAGAACGUUAUUUUGAGAACGAGAGACAGCGUUAUGCAACAUAUGCAACAAUAUUAGAAGAAAAACUUUCUACUUUACAAUCAUCAGAUCUUCUUUCAGUUGGAUCUCGAAGAAAUUUAAAUUCAGUCAUUCGUCAAUCAUUUCCAACAACCUCUUCAAUUAUACCAUUAGAUACAACAUCACAUUCAACAACAUAUAUGCCAUCAACAAAUAAUAUACAAGCAGAAUCAUUAACAUCAAAACAAAGUGUCUAUCAAUAA